AUGCAAUGCGAAGUCGUAAAGCGAAAGGUCUUCGGCUUCUGCCCUCAAGUCGACCACAUCGGCGCUUGUCUGCAGUUGGAUGGUCACGGCACGUAUUUCGAACAAGCCCUGUGUCAUGCAGGGCCUCCCAGACGACGGCAGGCGGUGUUGGGGUCUGAGAGAGACGAUUGCAUGAUGAGAGACUUUUCGCAAGCAUCUUGCCUUCUGCAUCCUUUGUAUGCCAGAAUGCCCGACGUGUCCUUCCUUGCAAACACCUCUCAGCCGCCGGUUUGCCCACUUGGGCCACCGCAGCGAGCCCUGCGAGCACAGCGAUCUCUUCGUUGUCCCGACACUCACGUCAACAGAUCAGGCUCAGGCAUCGUGCAGAGGAAAUGA